UAGUGUUUCGCCGUCUGUUUUGCUCAGUAGCUCCAUCCCAGGUGUCCCGUAGUAACUCCCGAGCCUUCGUUUGCUGCGGUCAGUAUGAUCCUUUACACGAUCGGACUGAUCGUGGCGUUUGUUUUCCUCGCCCUCAAGUACGUCUACUCGUACUGGGAUCGACAGGGGCUGCCGAAUUUGAGGCCCGAAAUUCCCUACGGCAAUCUACGCAUUCUAGCCCAAAAGAAAGAAUCCUUCAAUGUGGCUAUUAACGAUCUGUACGACCGUUCCAGUGAACGGUUGGUUGGAGUUUAUCUGUUCUUCCGCCCAGCGAUCCUGGUCCGGGAUGCGCAUCUCGCCAAGCGGAUAAUGAUGAACGAUUUCCAGCACUUUCACGACCGUGGCGUCUACUGCAACGAGCACAGUGAUCCGAUGUCGGCCAACCUGUUCGCCCUGCCCGGCCAGCGGUGGAAAAAUCUGCGUGCGAAGCUUACACCAACCUUCACCUCCGGCCAGCUACGGCACAUGCUGCCAACGUUUCUGGCAGUGGGCAGCAAGCUCGAGCAGUAUCUCGAACGCUUGGCAAACGAAAAACAGUCCGACAUGCGUGACAUCGUUUCGCGCUACGUGCUCGAUGUGGUGGCUUCAGUGUUUUUCGGCUUCGAAGCCAACUGUCUGCACGAUCCCGACGAUGCGUUCCGUGUGGCGUUGCGUGAUCUUAACAAUCCGGACAGCUUCAUGAACAACAUCCGAACAGCCGGCGUUUUUCUGUGUCCCGGGCUGCUAAAGUUUACCGGCAUCAAAUCGCUAUCGCCUCCGAUGAAAAAGUUUACCACAGAAGUGAUCAGUUCCCAUCUGCACCAGCGUGAGACGGGCCAGGUGAUGCGCAAGGACUUUAUCCAGAUGCUAACGGAUCUGCGCCGCAAGGCUGGUAGCAGUGGGGAAGAAACGCUCACCGAUGCACAGUGUGCGGCCAAUGUGUUUCUGUUUUACGGUGCUGGGGCCGAUACUUCCACCGGUACGAUUACAUUCACACUGCACGAGCUGACGCACAAUGCUGAGGCGAUGGCUAAGCUUCAGCGAGAGGUCGAUGAGAUGAUGGAGCGACACCACGGUGAAAUCACGUACGAUAACAUCAACGGGAUGAAGUAUCUGGAUUUGUGCGUGAAGGAAACGCUUCGAAUCUAUCCCGCCUUGGCUGUGCUGAAUCGGGAGUGUACGAUCGACUACAAAGUGCCGGACAGUGACACUGUCAUUCGCAAGGGCACGCAGAUGAUUAUCCCUCUGCUAGGGAUUAGCAUGAACGAGAAGUACUUCCCCGAGCCGGAACUGUACUCUCCGGAGCGAUUCGAUGAGGCCACAAAGAACUACGACGCAGAUGCGUACUAUCCGUUCGGCGCCGGUCCUCGCAACUGUAUCGGUCUGCGGCAAGGGUUGUUGUUGUCAAAGAUUGCGCUAGUGAUGAUGCUGUCCCGAUUUAACUUUUCGGCCACCAUUCCGAGGAAGAUAAAGUUUGAGCCCGUUUCAAUCACACUGGCACCGAAAGGAGGCCUUCCAAUGAGGAUCGAGAAUCGUGUUAAACAUCAUAGUGGCAUAAUGUUUGUUUACACUCUCGCGCUCGUGGCGGCCGUGAUCUUUCUCGUGCUCCGCUACAUCUACUCUCACUGGGAGAGGCAUGGACUUCCGCAUCUAAAGCCAGAGAUUCCGUACGGCAACAUACGCACCGUUGCCGAGAAGAAAGAAUCAUUCGGCACUGCCAUCAACAACCUGUACCACAAGUCGUCCGACCGUCUGCUGGGAAUCUACCUGUUCUUCCGCCCUGCUAUCUUGAUUCGCGAUCCUCAUCUCGCGAAGCGUAUUAUGGUAAACGACUUCCAGAACUUUCACGAUCGCGGUGUCUACUGCAAUGAAGAGCACGAUCCCUUCUCGGCCAAUCUGUUCGCUCUGCCCGGUCAGCGGUGGAAGAACUUGCGUGCGAAGCUCACGCCGACCUUCACGUCCGGACAACUGCGUAACAUGCUCCCCACCCUGCUGGACGUCGGAAACAAGUUGAUCGAUCGUAUGAACAAGGUGGCCGACGAGAAGGCGAUCGUCGAUAUGCGUGAUAUUGCGUCACGGUUUGUGCUCGACACGAUCGCUUCGGUGUUCUUCGGCUUUGAGGCAAACUGUAUUCACAACUCGGAAGAUCCCUUCCUAUCGACACUGCGCCGUGCUAAUCGGGGACGCAACUUUAUCGAUAACUUCCGUUCGUCUGGUGUAUUUAUUUGUCCCGGGCUGUUGAAGCUUACCCGCAUGACAUCUCUCCAGCCUGAAUUGAUUAAGUUUGUGAUGGAGAUCAUCACCCAUCAGAUUGAUCAUCGCGAGAAGAACCAGAUCACUCGCAAAGACUUUGUUCAGCUACUGAUUGAUCUGCGUCGUGAAGCUGAUAAAGGUUCGGAAGAAGCACUUACAAUCGAACAGUGUGCAGCCAAUGUGUUCCUGUUUUACAUUGCCGGUGCGGAAACGUCAACAGCAACGAUCUCGUUCACGCUCCACGAGCUUUCGCACAAUCCAGAAGCGAUGGCAAAACUGCAGCAAGAAAUUGACGAGAUGAUGGAGCGAUAUAACGGCGAAAUCACGUAUGAGAACAUAAAAGAGAUGAAGUACUUGGAUUUGUGCGUGAAGGAAACGCUUCGAAAGUAUCCUGGCUUGCCGAUUCUGAACCGAGAGUGCACGAUCGACUACAAAGUGCCGGACAGUGAUGUUGUGAUACGCAAGGGAACUCAGGUGAUCAUACCGUUGUUGAGUAUCAGUAUGAACGAGAAGUACUUCCCCGAUCCAGAGCUCUAUUCUCCAGAGCGGUUUGACGAGGCCACAAAGAACUACGAUGCAGAUGCGUACUAUCCGUUCGGAGCUGGUCCUCGCAAUUGCAUCGGCCUUCGACAAGGUGUAUUGGUGUCCAAAAUAGGACUUGUUUUCUUGCUGUCAAAGUUCAACUUCCAAGCCACAACUCCGGCAAAGGUAAAGUUUGCCGCCGCUACUGUAGGUCUCACUCCAGACGCUGGAUUCCCAAUGAGGAUAGAGCAUAGAAAGUGA